GCAGCAGGGCGGGCGGACGCGCUGCCUUCCUCCCUUUUUCUCUCUCCCUCCCUCCUCUCCUCCCCUACCCCCGCUCCCUCCCUUAUCAGCAAUUCAGAUUGCAUGCAAAUCUGCGGGCUUUCUUACAGGGGCAAGGCAGAGAGGACCGAGCGCUGCUCGCCGGCCGCGGCUUCACGGAGAGAGAUAUCUCCUCCUCCUCCUCCUCCUCCUCCUCCUCCUGGGAUUUUCCUCCUUCUCCCCUCCCCUGCUCUCCCCUCCCCUCGCUGCCUCCCUCCCUCGCUCCCUCCUCUCUUUCUUUCCUCCUUUUCACCUCCUCGAACAAAAGUAGCCCUUCUCCCUGCGCCUGCGAGCGGGGCCGCUUUGUCUGCCCGCGCCGUCGGGGGACCGGGACCGGGACCGGACCGGGGCCAUGCGGGCACAGCGGGCGGACGGUGCUCGGGCGCUGCUGGCGCUGCUGGGACUGGGAUUAGGACUGGGACUGGCGACCUGCCCCGAGCGGGAGCUGGAGCGGAGGGAGGAGGAGGCCAACGUGGUGCUGACGGGCACGGUGGAGGAGAUCAUGAACGUGGACCCGGUCCACCACACCUACUCCUGCAAGGUGAGAGUCUGGCGCUACCUGAAGGGCAGGGACAUCGUCACCCACGAGAUCCUGCUGGACGGCGGGAACAAGGUGGUGAUCGGCGGCUUCGGGGACCCGCUGAUCUGCGACAACCAGGUGUCCACGGGGGACACGCGGAUCUUCUUCGUGAACCCCGCCCCGCAGUACCUGUGGCCCGCGCACCGCAACGAGCUCAUGCUCAACUCCAGCCUCAUGAGGAUCACCCUGCGCAACCUGGAGGAGGUGGAGCACUGCGUGGAAGAACAUAGGAAGCUUCUUGCUGACAAGCCCAACAGUUACUUCACUCAGACGCCGCCGACGCCGCGAGAUG